AUGAGUACUUCUAAUUUACUCAAUCAAGACUUUGAUGCCGACGAAGACGACCAGGAUUUCGACGCUGGCCACCUGGACCAAGAUGCUGAGGGCGAGCCCGAUGAUGAUGCUCCGCCCGCGGGAGGCCAACCAGACGACGAUGACGAGGAAGACGAUGAAGAGGACGACGAGGAGGACGACGAGGAGGACGAGGACGAUGACCUGCCGCAACGCAAGCGUGCUCGUAGACCACCUCGCAAUCAAUUCCUCGAUAUUGAAGCCGAUGUCUCCGACGAAGACGAGGAGGAUCCCGACGAAGACGAAGAAGACGGUGCGGAAGCAGGCUUUAUCGCCGACGAUGCUGACCGCCCAGAGCUAAGCGACCUCCGCCAAUACCCUCGCGACGACCAUCGCCAUCGUGAGCUCGAUCGCAAACAUGAGGCUGAGCAAGCAGAGGACAUGGAGCAAAUCGCCGCUGGGUUUAAAGAACGUCAUGGCAGAUCGGCUCGGAGACGUAUGGAGGACUCGCAGGUAGUUCCUAGAAGGCUAUUAUUACCAUCCGUUAAUGAUCCGAGCAUUUGGGGCGUCAAGUGUAAGCCUGGAAAGGAGAGGGAAAUUGUUUUUUCGAUUCUUAGGAAGCAGGAGGAAUUAGCCAACACGAAGGCUCCUCUACAGAUCACCUCUGCACUCGAACGCGGUAAUACUAUGCCCGGGUAUAUCUACGUCGAAGCAAAGAAGCAAGCGGACGUUAUGCAUGCCCUUCAAGGUGUCUCUUUUGUCUAUCCCAUGACGAAGAUGAUUCUUGUCCCUAUUAAGGAGAUGCCAGACCUUCUUUUUGUUAUGAAGAAAGCCGAGAUCACACCAGGGACAUGGGUUCGUUUUAAACGUGGAAAAUACCAAGGCGAUCUUGCUCAGGUUGAAAACGUCUUAGCUAGUGGCCUCGAGGUCAAGAUUAGGAUGGUACCUAGGUUGGACUACGGCAACGGGGCUGAUGCAGACGACCCGAGCGGUAACAAGCGAAAGCGCAACCCUUUCGGAAAGAAUGGGUCACUUGCCGGACGCCCCCCACAGCGACUAUUCUCCGAAGUUGAAGCCAGAAAGAACCACGCAAAGUAUUUGUCACAGGCGGCACAGGGAUUGAAGAAGAUUUUCACCUAUCUCGGAGAUGAAUAUGAAGACGGAUACUAUAUCAAGGACGUUAAACUCAACCUUAUACAGACCGAAAACGUCAAUCCAACUCUAGAAGAGGUUUCCAAGUUUGCAUCUGGAGGGGAUGAUGGGACUGAGAGCUUGGAUCUCCAUGCGCUGGCUCAGUCACUAAAGAAGACUGUUUCCACGUACCAAGUUGGUGAUACUGUCGAGGUUUAUGAUGGCGAGCAGAAUGGUCUCGUCGGGAAAGCUGUUAGUGUUCACGGCGACAUUGUUACAUUGGACGUGUUGGAAGGCCCAUUGAAGGGAAAACGCACCGAAGUUCCUUUCAAAGGAUUAAGGAAGCGAUUCAAUCCAGGAGAUCACGUCAAGGUUACCGGAGGAAGCAGAUUCAGAGACGAAGUUGGAAUGGUUUUGAGGAUCAAUGAGGACAGGGUCACUCUUAUUAGUGAUGUUGGCAUGACCGAGAUCACUGUCUUUUCCAAGGAUUUGAGGGAAGCUAGUGAGUCUGGAGGCAUGGAAACUGGUGGGAAAUAUGAUCUCCACGAUUUGGUACAACUUGACGCUACUACCGUUGCCUGCGUUACCAAAGUCGACAGAGAGUCUGUUAGAAUCAUCGAUCAACUCGGCAACAUUAGAACAAUCAUGCCAUCUCAGAUUGCAAGCAAGCUUUCAAACCGUCGCCCGGGCGUAGCCACAGAUCGAAAUGGCUCCGAGAUCCGCGUUGGCGAUACAGUCAAGGAAACCGGCGGAGAGACCCGAUCUGGUGUCAUCUUGCAUAUCUUUAGAUCUUUUGCCUUCCUUCACAAUCGUGAAGAGACUUCGAACGCUGGUGUGUUCGUCUGCAGGACUAAUAAUGUCGCUACCAUCGCUGCCAAGGGGGGUAGAAUUACGAAUACCCAAUCUACCGGCCCGGACCUUACCAAGAUGAACCCUGCUAUGCAACGCAAUGGGCGGUCCCUGGAUGCUUCUGCCAUGCCGCCUCCACGCACUGGUGGAAGAGAUAGAACCAUUGGGCAGACGGUUACGAUUAGACAGGGACCGUACAAAGGACUAGUGGGAAUUGUCAAGGAUGCGACCGACGCUACGGCACGAGUAGAGUUGCACACUAAGAACAAGAUUGUCACAAUCGAAAAGGCGAAGUUGGGUUUUAAAGACCUUCACACUGGUACUAUUAAGUCUUACCAAGAUUUUAUGCGUCCUGGUGGUCGUGGAGAUGGAGGGGGGUAUAGUAGAACGCCCUCAAUAUCCUCGGAUAGAGCCUCUUCUUGGAGCGGUAGCAGAACCCCUCAGUCCAGCAUUCCGGGAUCGCGUACGCCAGCAUAUAAUCUUGGUAACAAGACUCCUGCCUGGUUGAGCUCUAGUGAUGGCAGUCGUACACCCGGAUACUUUCCCGGCAGUAAGACACCUGCAUAUGGUAUGGACGGUAGUAGAUCUUCUUAUGCUGGAAACAAAACACCUGCUUGGAAUCCCUCCUCUCGUACUCCCUAUGCCUCAGACACCGAUCGUAGCACCUGGGACGCUGGCUCUAAAACUCCCGGCCGCCCUAACCUUGAUUCCUUCAUGGAUUCCAACUCCACCUCUACAAACUCCUCUAACAACAAUACCUCCUACUCUGCCCGCACUCCUGGUGCCUCUUACAAUGCUAGCUCCCCAGAUUUUAUUCCACCCUCCUAUAGCAAAGAGCUCUCUGCACCCACCCCCGGGGGGCCUAUUUCUGCGCCCACCCCUAGUGGCGCCAUGUCCGCUCCCACUCCCGGUCCAAUCUCUGCCCCGACCCCGAGAGACGCUUACGGCGGAACCUGGGGCGGUCCGGAGACUGCUCCCACUCCUGCUCCAUACGGCGCUGCUCCUACUCCCGGUGCUAGUGGAAGCUAUGGCGGAGGCGUCGGUAGUGGCGGGUCUAGAGAUCCUCGGGGCGGCUAUUACCAAGGUGCUCCAACUCCUGCAGCCGGCUAUGGAAAUCCUAGAACUCCGGGCGUCUGGGCCGGUGGUGACGAUGAUGAGAUUCGAUACGCGGAGCCAACAACACCUUAGAACCUACGUCUAGACAUAUAGCUGCUUGGUUGACUAGAUGGGCUGGUGAAUUGCGGUGUUGUGUGGUAUAACUUGGAUAAGGGUAGUUGGCUGUCGGCGGCCUAUUUUGUGGAAAUUCAAAAAAAAGGAAACCCCCCCCCC